AUGUCUACCACACCAUCGAAAUUGUUGCCAAUAGCAUCGGAUCGAUGGCCUGGCCUGUGUGGAGAAUUUAUAGAGAAACUGUUGAAUUUAGGCGUAGAAACUGGCGCCAUCAUCGCAACCAAGAAUCCCAACAGAGUCUAUCUAAAGAAGGGGCUUCUCAAUGCCACUCGUGGGAGAUCUCUCACGCAUUUCGUGAGGUUCCUGGGACCUACGGAAAAACAACACUUAAAGACAAUGAUACACAUGGAAUGCCCAGUCAUCUGCCCCAAUCGGAAGGUGUAG